UUCCGCCAUGAUCGAAAUUGUUAGUAAAACAGGGGGAGCGCAAGAAAUUAAACAAGCUCAGGAGGAAGAUGAAUCCCUGAAGCCUUUGUUUAAGCAAGCUGAAAGUUUACCAGAUUCAGCAGAAGAACUACCCAAUAAAUUUGUCACAAAAGAUGGUGUGCUUUACAGAGAAAGCAAAAGUUUGAAAUCAGAAGAAAGGUCAGAAAUACAUAGUCAGAGUUUCACUGAAAUUGAAAGGCAAGCGCAGGUGGCUGAGAAACUGAAGGAGCAACAGGCAGAGCGGUUGGGCAUGGGCUUGGUGUCCAGGAGCUCUAUUUCUCACUCUGUCCUCUCUGAGAUGCAAGUGAUAGAACAAGAAACGCCAGUGACUACAAAGUCCACACGGUCCCAGCUAGAUUUCUUUGAAGACAUCGGAAGCUUCACAUCUGGACCACCAAAGUACAAAGAUAAUCCUUUUUCAUUAGGCGAUGCCUUCAGCUCACAGUGGGAGACAGACAACUCCUCUUGGGGGAUGGACAAAGGGGAAGAGGAGGCAGACAUUGCCAUCUCCAGCAUCCGGCCUAUUGGUGACAGACCCAUUAACAGAAGAGAGACAGAGAGCAAGAUAUCAGUAGUGGAGUCCAAUGAAGCUCAGCAGAAGUUUGCAGGGGCCAAAGUCAUCUCAUCUGAUAUGUUCUUUGGACGGGAAGCUGAUACAGUUCCAGUGGCUGAAUAUUUGACCGAUCUUCAGUCAACAAUGAGAGUGGCAAGAGACAUCGCACAAGAACAUCUAGCUGUAGCCCAGCAGAGACAGAAGAGCUACUAUGACAGGUCAGCCAAACCAAGAAGCAAGCGGAGGUUAUUUUUCGAUGGAGAGAGUGGUAAAGACCCUGACGUGAUGGGGAUUGGUAGUUUUAACCAUCAACAGUUUACUUUCAAGAUUCUACAAAAAUGCUUGGACUGUUUCGCAGGACUUCUUAAAUGACUCUUGGAAGUUUCGCAAAAAGACAUUUUGGGACAGAGAGACUUCAUUGUGUUGCUGAGAAGGACGAGUGUAAUUGUCCCCAACAACAUGUUAAUCUCUGGAAUGCUCCGCAGAGUGAAACAUCGAUGAACUGUGCCAGGUGGCAUGAGGAAGAUCCCUGUGGAAUGUGCUGAGUAUCAGAAGAUGUUUAGUCCAGUGUAUAAAUAAAGACUUGGGGAAUAACCCUGAAUGAAAAUUAAACUGUUACAAAUAUGAUUUAUGGAAAAUGUAUUUUUAAAAUGUCUUUUGAUUUGAGGUUGUGAAUCUUAACAAUGGGAAAGAUGACCAAUACGUUUAUGGUUUGUAUGUUGAAUGGUGACAAUGUCAUAACUGUAUGGUAAGAUAUGGACAUGUUAUGUGUAUAUGCAACAGUGAAGGUUUGUAUUUUAUGAUUUAUGUAUUGUAUCUAACUUUGUGUUUUAUUUCAGGAAUACUGUUAUAUAUGUAUAUAUGUAUGUACUAAUUAUUUUUGCCAUUCUAGGCAUAGAAAAGGCAAAAAUAAUCUUUCUAAGGGGGGAGGUGUAGAGAAGUUAUGUGUAAAACAGAGAUUAUUGAUAUGAUUUUAUUUGUUUGUUAAAGAAAAAAAGAGUUAUAUAUUAGCAAGGAAAAGCCUAGCAUGGAAACUAGCUGGAAGCAGCAUUUGGUAGGUUGCCAUGGUAACACAGCUUCCCUUGGGAGAAAAGGGGCGUGGCUAAGAUGACAGUUGGAGCAUAUUCCCUUUUAAAAAGUUGAGUUGCUGUGAGGGUUUAAAAAAGGAGUGGCUGUUAGGGGUUUGAGAAGAAGAGUUGCGGUUAGGUUUUGGAAAGAUUAGGAGCUGGGGAAAUCAGCUAAGGACGGCAGCUUAUGGUCACUCAGGGGAAAGGCUGGGAAUAUAAGCUGACCGGGGGAGUUUAGUAUACUGUGUUGAAGAGAAGUUAUUUAAGAAAUAUCCAUUCAAGAAAGACUACAUUGUAACUUAAGAUCCGGAACGUUUACUGAUUGAAACCAUACGCUUAUGUACCAAAAAUAAACUUGAAUUUUGUAAUUGUUCAUAAAGACAAGUCUCCUUGCCUCUCU